AUGAAUCCUACUUCAAUUGACUUUCUUGCUUGUUUAAAAAAAGCAAACGUCAAUAUCACAGAGUUAUGGAAAGUUGAAUCUAAUCAAACAGAUAAACUCGAUGCUGCACGAGAUCAAUAUGAAGCUGCUAUUGAACAUAGUGGCGAUACUGUAGCACCAAUAAAAUUACUUGAAGAUAAUGUUUCGUUGAAUUUAGCAUUAUCUCAUGCUAUCGGAUUUAAGAUCAACGAAGUGAACAAAAGAAAUAGUGACGAUAAAAUGGAGGAAAAUCCUCCAAAUCGAAGACUCAAAUUAUUUUUGGAUAAAGGUGUAGAAGAUGAAUUUGUUGAAACAGGAAAUAUUGUAUUUAUCUAUACAUCAAAAAUAGAUGUUGAUGAAGCAACAUCAAUUAAUUAUGUGGAAUCCUUUUAUGUUUUAUUAAUACCUGGAAAAUAUGAAUGUGAUAAAAGUGAUUAUUAUAUAGCUAAAACACGUUUAAUUAAAGUGGAUAAAAACAAAUUACCAGCUAUUGAAAAAGAGUAUGUUUGGGCUUUUGUUGAAAAAACUGAUGAAAGUAUUGAAAAAGUUGUAGAUAAACUUCAAGAACUAUGUUAUCAAACAGCUACAGUUGAAACAUGCACAGCUGAAAUUAUUUAUAAUGCUGGAAUAGGUACAUAUAUUAUGGCUCAACACGAUAAAUAUCCUACAACUAUUAAUUAUACACUUGAAUCACCGUCGGAAAUAACUAUUGUACAACAUGUACUUAACAUUAAUAAAAUUGGUUUAUUACUUAUAGCUGUUGAAAAUCCUAGAAAAGAAAGUAAAACUGCUGCUAGUCUUACUCAACUAGCUGAAUUUCUUUCAAAAAUUCAAGAUAAAUUUGGUGAAUGUUAA